AUGGUUGACUUUGUGAACAUCAAUGGCGCCCGCCUGGCAUAUCGCAUAGCCGGGCCUAACAAUGCACCGCUCAUGAUCACGCUGCAUGGCGGUCGCGGAAUGGGUGAUCAUAAAUCCGACUUCAAAGUCUAUGGCCAGUUAAGCGAUAAGAUUCGAGUUCUGUCCUUCGAUUACCGUGGCCAUGGCCAAAGUUCGUUGACUAAGCCUUACACCUUUGGGCAAAUCGUCGAUGACAUCGAAGCGGUAAGACAGCAUUUCAUUGGAGAUGAUCAGGCCAUCAUCUGCGGCGGUAGUUUCGGCGGUUUCCUCGCACAGCACUAUGCCAUCAAGUACGCCCCGAAAGUAUCGCAUCUGAUUCUCAGAGGGACUGCACCAUCUCAUCACCACGAGGCCGGCGCCGUCAAAACUCUGGAGGCGAGGAUCCACAAAGUUCCUAGCUUCUCUGUCGACAUGUUGAAGAACAAAGUCUUUGGUGCAUAUGAGAGCGACCGCGAGUUUCAGUUGAUUUACUUCGCCAUGAUGCCGCUGUACAGGGAAACUUUCGACCCCGAUGCAGCGUUGAAGAGCAACCUCGAUGGUGUUUACGUCGCCGAGUCUCACAAUGAUCUAUACUCCGAGAAAGAGAAAUACUUUGAUUACACUGAACAACUCUCUGAAAUUACAGCGAAGACUCUGGUAGUCGUGGGCGACAAGGAUUGGAUAUGUCCUCCUGAAAACUCCAAGUUGAUUGCUGAAAGAAUCCCCGGGGCUAGACUUUUGUUGGUUGAGGGCGCUAAUCAUGGUGUUCAUGCCGAAAAGCCAGAAGUGGUCCUGGGAGAGAUUCGCAAGCACUUGGACAUCUAG